AUGUCUCAAUCCCACGCCUUGUCCGACGACCAGGUCGGGCAAGAGCUCAAGAAAAUGACGGCCUUCAUCAAGCAAGAAGCCAUGGAAAAGGCACGCGAGAUAGAAAUCAAAGCCGACGAAGAAUUCAGCAUCGAGAAGUCGAAGCUGGUGCGCCAAGAAACGCAGUCCAUCGACACGACCUAUGAGAAGAAGUUCAAGCAAGCACAGAUGUCCCAGCAAAUCACUCGCUCGACCGUUGCGAACAAGACUCGGCUCAAGGUCCUCUCCGCUCGGCAGGAACUGCUGGAUGGGAUUUUCGAGGAUGCGGAGAAGAAGUUGGGCGCGGCGACGAAGGAUAAGGCCAAGUAUCAGGCGAUCUUGAAGAAUUUGAUGUUGGAGGGUUUUUAUGCGUUGAAUGAGGGGAAGGUGUUGGUUAGGGGCCGGAAGGCGGAUUAUGAGGUGUUGAGGAAGGCGAUUGCGGAUGCGUGUAAGGAGUACAAAGAGAAGGUUGGGAAGAAUAUUCAGGUGGAGAUUGAUGAGGCGAAUCCGCAGCCUGAGGGAAGUCCUGGUGGCCUUUCGAUUGUUGGCGGCGGUGGAAAGAUUGAUAUCAACAAUACGUUCGAGGAGCGUCUUAAGCUGUUGCAGGAUGCCGCCUUACCCUCGAUACGGACUACGUUGUUUGGCAAGAACGAGAACAGAAAGUUUUACGACUAG